AUGGGAAACUGCUGUGUUAGAAACCAAUUUCGACAGCCAAACCAAAACACCCUCAUUUUUGAGCUUCCUUCAGGGCUCAGCAAACCAAGAGUUUUUCAACCCAACAUAAACCGGGAAAUUAGAUCCUUAAAUGGAACUAAUGUUAAGACUUGUCCAAUUAGUCUAAGAGAAGCAGCAAAGCAUAAUAAAUUACAUGAAAGCACUAGAGAUGAAAAACACAGUCGACCAAAGAAUAGUUCAUUUGUUUCUUCAAACACAAACAUUGCAAAGGGGACUGAACAAUAUAAAAGACCUGGGACUGGGAAGAGACCAAGUUCAAUAGAAAAAGUGAAAAAGAAGAAUAGUGAUGAUGUUGAGUUGAAAAAGGAACACGUGGGGUCUAAUGUAGCACAUCAUGAUAAUAUUAGCUACAAGGUCCCCUGUUUUCCCUAUAGUAUACUAAGGAAAGCAACACAAAAUUUCAGUAAAAAGAAUUUAAUAGGUGAAGGAGGGUUUGGUGAUGUUCAUAAGGGGUACGUCACUUACUGCACCAUGAACCAUGCUAAACCAAAUGAGGGUAAACCAGUCGCUGUAAAAAGGCUUAUUCACCGGAGUUCACAAGGCCCCGAAGCAUGGAAGACAGAAGUAGAUAUUUUGGGCAUAUUAAAUCAUCCACAUGUAGUACAACUACUUGGGUGUUGCAAUGAAGGUAACCAUAGAAUUUUGGUAUACGAGUACAUGACUAAAGGCAGUCUAGACACCUUUCUUCUCAGAGAAAAUCGGGAAGAGUUACACUGGCGCAGAAGAGUCCAAAUAGCAAUAGGUGCAGCCAGUGGCUUAGCCUAUCUUCACACUCAUGGGAAGCCUAUAAUUCAUAGGGACAUUAAAGCUUCCAAUGUUCUUCUAGACUCUGUAAGUUCCCUCUUUCUGGUGGUUUUCAUAGGAAUAGAACAUAGCAGUCAGUAA